GCUCCAGGUUGCUAUGGCGAUGUCGGUAGGUUUUGAUGCGGAGAGUCGGUUCGCCUUCGGCAGGAAUUAGACAGCACUGCAGGAAUAUCCGCGAGUUUCCCAGGACAACCUGCUGACAAGACAAUGCAUUUCAACCCUCCUGUCAGUAGAGACAGGAUCAUAGCCACAUUUCCAAAGUGUUAUAAUCCACAAGCCUGCUUACAGAUGAAGGAUGAUUGGGAUACAAGAGCCAAGAGGGCUUGCCAAGACCGGGAAGCACGUCAGCAAGGGUUUGACAGGUUUAAGAUGUCAAAAGCAGUAGUGGUUGGAGAUCUCAAUGUGGGAAAGACAUGUUUAAUAAACAGGUUCUGUAAAGAUGUGUUUGAGAGAGACUACAAGGCUACUAUAGGUGUUGACUUUGAGAUUGAGAGAUUUGAGAUAUCUGGGCUGCCCUAUUCUCUUCAAAUAUGGGACACUGCUGGACAGGAAAAGUUCAAAUGCAUCGCAUCAGCAUAUUACAGAGGAGCUCAAGUUAUUAUUACUGUCUUCGACAUGGCGGAUAUCAAGAGCCUGGAAAACACACAACAGUGGUUAAAAGAGGCACUGCAGGAAAAUGAACCAGACUCCUGUUUUGUUUUCAUAGUUGGCACAAAAAGAGACCUCCUGUCUGCAGAAGAGUGCCAGAGAACAGAGAGCGAUGCCAUAAAGAUUGCAGCAGAAAUGAACGCUGAGUUCUGGUCGGUGUCCUCAAAAACAGGGGAAAACGUCCAGGAGUUUUUCUUUCGCGUGGCAGCUCUGGCCUUUGAAGAUGCCAUUCUGAAGGACCUGGAGACAGAAAUCAGCACCACUCAGAUUGGAGAUGGAUGUAUUCUUGAUGAUAAAGCACUGGAAGAUGCACAAGAAAAACCAAAGAAGAAGUCCUGUUGUUGAUCCUCAGUGGUUUAGGAAGAAGAACUAACCCAUUUGUAUUUCGGGACAGAAUAAAUGUUUAACUUAGUAGAAAUCAAAGUGUUUUUGGUUGACAUAACCAACCUCUGAGUUGGUGCAUCACUAAUGUACUCCACCUUAUCAGAAUACACAUAAGGGACUGACAUCUGAUUUCAAACAUUUGAUAUGUACUGUAGUAUUAACGUCAGUAUUUUGUACUGAGCAUAAACUGCCAUUUAAUAAUUGUAAUUGUAUUUUUCCUUUUUUAUUUUUAUUUUUUAUCUUCCUUUGGCAGACGAAAUAAACAUACAUUAUAAUUGCACGCAA